GGUGCCCCUGAAGGUUUGCUGGACCGCUGUACUCACGUCAGGGUGGGUCAAAACAAGGUUCCCAUGUCACCGGCUAUUAAGAAUGAGAUCAUUAAACUCACCAAGCUCUACGGGACAGGCCGUGACACUCUGCGUUGCCUUGCUUUGGCUACCAUUGACAACCCGCCUCGUAGAGAAGACAUGGAUCUGGAGGACGCUAGGAAGUUCAUUCAGUAUGAGACAAACAUGACCUUCGUUGGUGUGGUCGGGAUGUUGGACCCACCUCGUGAGGAAGUCAAGUAUUCCAUCAAGGCCUGCCGGGACGCUGGCAUCAGAGUCAUUGUGAUCACUGGAGAUAACAAGGCCACUGCUGAAGCCAUCUGUCGCAGAAUUGGAGUGUUUGGAGAGAAUGAAAACACUGAGGGUAUCUCCUACACCGGCCGUGAGUUUGAUGAACUUAGCAUAGAAGACCAGCGGGCUGCAGUGAUGCGUGCCCGAUUGUUUGCUCGCGUGGAACCUGCCCACAAAAGUAAGAUUGUGGAGUAUCUUCAAGCAGAAGGGGAGAUCUCUGCGAUG